AUGGCUGGCCUUCUGAAUGACUUGGGGGACGGUCUAGGAUCGGUCUUGGGUGGGGGCAACGACGAAGCCGGACCAGCAGAAACACCAGCGACGGAGACUGGAGACAAGCCUGCAAAGACGACGGCGGAAGCCACCUCAACUUCGGCUUCAGAUGCAGAGGAGACUGCAGACAAAUCUUCGGAGACGACUGCGGAAGCUACCACGACUUCGGCUUCAGACGCAGAGACGACUGCAGACCCCGAGACGACCCAGGACGCGCAAGAUUCGUCGGCAACGACCACAGCCGCCGAGAGCACUACCGAGAGCACUACUGAGGAUGUGGCGCCGACAACUACUUUCGCGCCGUCUACCACCUUUCAGGUCGGCGAUCAGACCACUCUCGUCACCUCGGUCUCAUCAUCUUCACCUUCCUCUUUAUCCUCAUCUUCAUCCACCUCUCUCACCGACAGCAUAGCCGAGAGCCUAGGCAUCAGCAGCAGCAUCACAUCAGCGACAUCCCUCGCCACAUCACCCGCAUCCACCACAGACGCAGCAACGUCAACCAGUCCCACCGCCCAACAGACAGUCGCGAGCCCCAGCUCAACCGCAACGUCUCAAGCGGUAACUGACGGCACCGAACUCACCCAAUCCCAAGCCUCCGGCAACAGCAGCAACAGCGGUCUGCCCGUACCCGUCAUAGCCGGCAUCGCAGGCGGCGCCGGCGGGCUCGUCCUCAUCGUGGGGGCCAUCUUCGUGCUGCGGCUUGUCUGGCGGCAGAGACGGCACGGCAACGACGAGGCGCUGGAGAGGCUGGACUCGAUGUACGAGGCCGGCAAGCCGUCGGCCGCCGAGGCGGACGAGAAGACUACCGGUAUGCGCUGGAACAGGGGGUUGUCGUCGUUCCACCGGCCUGAUCAGGCGUUCAAGGGGUAUCGCAUGUGA